GAAAGGGCCAUUGGAGUAGAGGCCCCACAGGCGAUGUCACCACACUCAGAGAAGUAUAAAAAAAACCCUUGCAGCACUGGGAGAGACCACUACAGAGAUAUCCCAGAGACAGACACUCAGACAGGAGAGUCAGAGAAAAAGGAUUUUUGCAGGUCAGUCUGUGAGGACAUCAGCUCCUUCUUUGGCGUACUGAUGGCAGCAGAGACCCUGACUCAACUGGAGGCGGCCCUCAGGACCUCAAUCAACAUGUUUAACAUUUAUGCAGUGCAGGAAGAAUCAGCUGUCUCCCUAAGCUUCAAUGCAUUUAAGAAAAUGGUCACCCAGCAGCUGCCUCAUUUUCUCAAGGAUGUGGGCACUCUAGAUGAGAAGAUGAAGAGCUUGGAUGUGAACCAGGACUCGGAGCUCAAUUUCAAUGAGUACUGGAGGCUGAUCGGGGAAUUGGCAAAGCCAAUGUGGGAGGAGAAGGUCCUGGAGUUCCUGAAGAAGUAAAGCCUGCUUGUUGGGAUGGGGGUCAGCAGGGUAUGCUGGGCUGGACCAGGCCAAACUCCCCUCCCUCCAAAUAAAUCUUCCUCCUUGAAACACAGAUGCUUUAUUUUCAUACA